AAAAACGAUGAAAACAACGUGCGCAAAAUUGACAUUCCAAAAGGACAAAACGUCAAAAAAUUUCCUUCACUUAAAAAAAAACACAAGGCGGUGUGAAUCGGUGAAUCGAUGAGUUUGUUGGUUUCCUAAAAUUAAAGAAAAACUUACAAAUCAUUUUAUUAAUACAAUAAAUAUUAACCCUUAACAAAUAAAUUUACAUAGCUAUAAUGAAUUCACUGAAUUUACGAGUAUCAACAGUUAAAUCCGGCGAAAAUGUGAAAAAGAACUCCGAAAUGCGUUCGUCACUUGUGCGCUUACCGAAACACUAUGAAAAAAGCGAAGAAAGUUAUUGUUUGCAAAUAAAAAAAGCCAACUCUAUUCCGGACCAAGUGGCAGUGGUGAAAAAUAUUUUCAAAACCAUUGGCAAGGAUCCCGGUGUUUUGCGAUUCCUUACAGACCUCUAUUUCUAUACUCCGCUGAAGCACCCAGUAAGGAAUCAAAUAUCAAAAUUACUCAUAACAGCCGCCCGCCUGGAAACUGGAGGUAUGGACGAAAAUACAAUAGUUGAAUCACUUGCAGACACAAUGUCCCGCUUGUUGGACGAUGCCAAGGCAUCAACAGAGAGUUCUAUUUGGAAUCUUACUGUUAAUUCGCUGACGGGUUGCUUUGAGAAUUUUGGCUGUGGUCUGAAAGCGCUGGAGUCGAAUGUGCAACUGGUAUUUCCAUUUUUGUGUAGUUCUGUGCAACGUUACUUAACAGAAUUGAGUGUCCUCAGUUCACCAUCAGUUAGAAACGAAUACUACCUUUAUGUACACAACUCGAUAAGACUCAUACUUUCGUGCACCCAAGAGUUUCCCGAAAACUUACGACAAAAUCACUUGGAUCAACUCAAAAAUCUAAACGCUGUAUGUAAACAAGUAAUAAACGACGAUGAAAUUCCGAUGGAUCCACGUACAAACUCCGGCAUCCUUAUGGCCUAUAUUGCAAAAAUUUGUUCCACCUACGAAAGUUUCAUACAUGAAGUUAAAUUGACUAAAAAUUCCAAUGAAAUCGUACUCUGUGUGGGUAUCGUCAAUACUUUUGACUACCAUGACUUCACUCAUCUCUCGAAAGACAUUCGCGAUAUCUGCUCGAAAAUCGACGAUAUGGCCAAUGCGAACUCAACUGUACCGAAUAUCCUACUUUGUGCAGCUCGGUCGCUCUUUCAGAUUUCGAAAAUACUUUUGAAUUUUGACUUUCGGACCGAUGAAAUGAGUGAGGAUACGAAGUUAAUUUUAAGAAAGCUUCUGAUUUUCGCAUUUUGCUAUCUCGAACACCAUAUGGACAGCGUUAGACACUUGUGCAGGGAUCUUCUGCGAAAUGUUAUUGCCUUGAGUAAGAAGAUCUCCUUCAGUUACCUUUUGCAAAAAAUAUUCGAUGCAUGCAACUCGGAGAGGCUGUCAAUGUCAAUGAAGUGUAUAGUCUUGCUUCAAGCAGUUUCAAUAUUAGGCAGUGAGGAUAUCAUCAAAAACUGCAAAGAACUGUUUUCUACGUUGUUUGCUGAAAACUUGGGAAGAGAUUUUAUAGUGAACAAUCUCUUCGAAGGACUAAUGGCUGCCAGUCACAAAGAAGUUGAUUUUGAGGCGUGGAAAGAUCUUUGGAUCACAUAUUUACUAGAAAUAGCUGCGAAAAACGACGCCAGACUUCCCGAUGUGGAAGUGCUUUUAGUUAAGGCGGUCAAGUGUGAGCCCCGCAUUGUGCAACAUAUCAUUGAACAUACCAAUGAAAUUCCAAUAAGUACAAAAUUGUCAGCUCUAUGGGCAGUCCGUAAGAGCGGCAUAAAAAUGGAUAAUUUCAGUGAAAUUCUGCAUGGUUUUUCGAAGAGCCUUCUCUUUUCAAUUCUAUCUAAUUGUGACGAUACACGCAUUAUGGCCCUACGGUUGCUUGUUGAAACGCACAAAACUACAGAGCUUCUGACUGAGCUCGAGUGUGAACAUAUCCUACUCUUUCUGGAGUACAAUUCGAAUUGUCAGAGUCCGGCUGUAAGACAAAAGACACUUGCGCUUUUAGGUAAAGCUUUGAUUCGAUGCGAACUCAAUUUGGUUAAGGUGCUAAAAGAUAAUUCCAGUACGGAGAAACGAAUGUACAUAAAGUUUCUGAUGGAUUUCAUUAAGAUCCUUGUGGAGAACCUUUUUCAGGGAGCUAACUUUAGUCGUCGAUCCAUAUCCCUGCAGCUGCUGGAAAAUUGCGUUCGCAUUUUAGUGAACUGCGAAUUAAAUUUAGAUGAAUUCCUGCCGAAAAAUACCGUCCAAACGUUGACAGAGGUAAUAAGUGACACGUAUGAAGCCAACAAAGAUAUUGCCGUAUCGAUUCUUAAACUUAUCGAAGAUAAAAAAGGCUGCCGAGUCUUUGAAAAGGAAUCAAUAAAACAAAUAAAAGAGUUGCUGGUGAGCGUGCGCCCUGCUGACUCCGUGACGGGAGCAUACCGCUUAGAGUUCUUUUGUAAUAAGGGCAGUCCCGAUGCGUUUGGGCCAUUUGAGCUGACAAGCUAUUGCCCAGUCCACUACGCAGCCCUGCGCUGGGCUUUGAAUAUACUCAAAGAUGGUCUUCGUUUGGGAAAGGAAUCGAUUCUUUUGGCAGCAAAGUCGAAUCCGUUGUAUGGAGUGCUUUUCGCAAUAAAACAUCUCCUCAAGCGGCUAGACUUUCAAGGAUUCUCAAAGGACAUAGGAUGGCGAAUACUUGUCGCUGAAGUGAUAGUCAUCUGCAAGGAACUCACAACUGUUGUGGGACCAGUGGUGAAUAAUUCUUCACCGGAAGGACACUUGCCAAAUGAUUUCAGUGAACUGCCAGAGCAGUUUCGAAAGGGCGAAAAUCAGGCCAAAACACCGCGCAAAAUACUCUCAUCGAAGGGCAAACAAAAAAGCAUAGACACUCUCAAGACUACCCCACAGAUGGUUCUUCUUUGUGCCUGGCGAACGGUUAAAGAAGUUUCUUUGAUACUAGGAGAGGUUGUGCUUCGAUCGCCUAUUCAAUAUAGCAAAUCAACUGAGAACUUUCUCGUCACCAAGGAGCAAAUUCUGGAAAUUGGGGAACAUUUUAAGUUGCUUCUUUCGGAGACUAAACAUCGGGGAGCCUUCGAACAAGCUUAUGUUGGAUUUUCAAAGCUAUGUGCGCGACUAUGGCGUGUUGAAUCUCAUGACCUGAAUAUCCUUCCAAUGACUUGGUUAAGAGAAUUACUAACAGUCAUCUCCAAGGACGAACAGAUAAAUGAGAAAAUAUGUGCUACUCGUCGAAGUGCUGGGGUACCUUUUAUGGUCCAGGCAUUGAUUACAGCAGAGCUGCAGGUUGGAACAACCAGAUCCCUUUAUUUCUGCAUGCAACAACUUAUUCAGCUAUGUGGUAAUCCCGAUAAGAGCACAGAAGCUAGAAGUCACGCUUUGAAUAUAUUAAGAGCCCUCUUUCGGUGCACAGAUCUAAAUGAGACAAUCGGUGAAUUUGCUAGCGCUGGCGUUAUGUGUGCCAUACGCGGCUAUGAAGCUUCAACAUGGUCUGAAAAAAAUUCUGCCACCUUAUUAUUUUCAGCCUUAAUAACUCGAAUAUUCGGAGUUCAACGAACUCGAGACUCGGACAAUUUAAGUAUUCGCAACAAAAUGACUGGUCGAAUUUUCUUUUUACGAUAUCCCAAGUUGUAUGACUUCUUUUUGGAUGAACUACGUAAAGCUAGUUCGUUGAUAUUGAAACAUGAGAAGGCAAAUAAACUACAUCCAUUAUUGCUGAUGCUAAGUCGAUUGUAUCCAUCGGCCUUAGAGGGCACCGAGUCAAAUUUGAAACUCUCUGAAUUCAUUCCAUACAUAUCGAACUGUUCUGGAUGCCCGGAAAUGCAAACAAGAUACCUGGCAGCGAAAGCUAUUAUUGCACUUAUUUCAGUAGAUUCUUUACCAAUUGCUAUUUUAAGAAAGUGUGCUGAGGUUCUGAUUUCAGCUGAUGAUCCAAAAUCAAUUAAUUUAAAUGUGCUGCAUGGUCAUUUGCUACAGAUUCUCUUCCUCAUAAAAGCUCUAAAAACUCAAGAAGUUGAGCUUAUUGGUGAUAUAUGCUCAACAGUGGUCACAUUUCAUUCAAAAACUAAAAUGAAUAAUGCAGUUAUUUUGAAAGUUAUGUUGGACAUUUUCAUUGAGAUAUUAAGUGGAACUAAAAAUCUCAAACUUCCCCAAGAAACAAUAAAAAAUCUUCUACAUUUCACUCAACAAAAACAUUUUUACUCGCGUGAGCUUUCAUUUUAUUAUCCCGUAUUCCGUAAAUCAUUAUACAUCUACAAUUUACACAUGCUGCGACUGACUUUACCAUUUGGAGCCUUAUCCGACUUUUUACUCUCUCCUCCUAUCACCCAUGAAAGCGUCUACCUCGAACAGGCUGAAACUUGCCUUAAUAUCAUUAUUUUAGUUUUAAAUAAAAAACGUUCGAUAACCGAAGAUUUAGAAGAAUACGAAAUCACAGAUGCUGAAAUAGCAUUUAUGAAAGUAUUACCCGAUGAUAUGCUUGAUGAUUUACAAAAAGAAUUAAGAACCAGCAAAAAACUGCAUGCAACGCUUAAGACCGUCAUACAAACGCCUAAAUUUUAUCCAGAAUGUGCAAUGAAGGCAUAUGCAGCAUUAAGUCAACUAGAUGUCUUCGAUUUCACUCUGACGCAAUUAAUUAAAGAAUCUAAAAACCAUCCUGGAGAUGUAAAAAGCCCUCUGACACUGUGUGUUGAGCGAUUGGUGCUUAAAAAAGGGAUUGAAUUCAAAAUUUCACAAUUGUGUUUGGAAUAUUUGAUAGAAAUAACACAAUCUUGGAAUCCUGAUUGCUUGAGAUUAAAAGCAUCGAAUAUUUUACCACAUAUAGCCAUUCAUUUUCCUACAGCUCUUGAGAAGAAAAAAUUAAAGUUUGUUAAAGAAUUUAUAAGUCUUAUGUUAUCGAUGUUGAUGGAUGAAGAUUUCGAUGUCAGAAAUAACACAACAAAGAUAGUCUUAAGUUUGCCUAAAGAGGACCUUGGAAUAGAAAACGUUCUAUCAACAAUGGCACAACGGCUAUUUUUGCAAUAUACUGCAGACCUUCUUAAUGCAAUGAAAGCCGACGAUGACUACCUUAUAGAUGUGUUUAAGGCUGUCGCCGAAUCCCAACUAACUGCUGCGAAUAUAGACCCCAGUGAUGGUAAUGCGAGCACAAUAAGUAACAGCACAUCUAAUGGAGAUCUAGAAGUCUUCGAUAAAAAUGAAGCAAAUGUUUUUGCUGAACCCUUAAGAGCUAUUGCAGACAAUAUUGUGAUAUACAAAAGUACGUUUAGUAACCGACACAAAGUGAUGCACGUAGUUAAUACGUAUAAAAUUUGUUAGAAAAUUUAAUAGAUUAUGUAUUAUUCUUUUGUCAUUUCUUGUUUUAUUCUACGAAUAGUUUUGUGUAUUCUACGAAUAGUUCACGAUAUGAUAAUAAUUAUAAAUAUAUAUGUAUAUUUUUUAUAUUUAUGUAUGUGACUUAUUUUUAAAGCGUAAUGGAAUUAAUAAGAGAAAGGUUACAAACAAUAUGUAUAUGAAAACAUAAAAAAAAUAUUUUAGUUUUGCAAUGUUUGCAAUUUUUGUCAAUGUUUCUGUACGACAAAUACAAAAAAAAUAUCAGGUUAACAUGAAUUUAUUGAUUUAUAUAAAAAUGUAUGAUUACCGUCGUCAAAUGUAUAGAAAUAGAAAAUUAAAGUCUUGACUAUUAUUAA